CUCCAGUAUAAAGUUAUGACGGGCAUUGAUCUAGACAUUAUUACCAUUAAUCCCCUCGUUAUUCCGCCCGGCCUAGCUGCCUCACAAACCACCGCCAGAUAUUUACCCCCACCCACACCAGCCUACUCCCUGCAAUAUAUAGUAAGUGUAGGCAUUGAUCUAGGCAUUGUUAUUGUUUUGCCGUUCCAGCCUGCCAUCCCGAGCACACCAGGCGGGGAUUGGCCAACACGUGGCUGUGACGUCACACUCGCCAUGGCGGGAGAGAGUACACACGCCGCUCCGCUCCCUACCAUGUUUUUCAUUUCCCUGGUUAUCGCCGCUACUGUGAUCGUUCUGUUAUGGCUCAUCAAGCGUGCCAAGGAUCAGGGCAACGACACGCGGGAGAAGGGCGCACAGAAGAAGAAACAGGCAGAGAGCAGCACAAGCAAGCAGAUCACCAGUAAAGGAGGCAAAAAGAAGCAGAAGCAAGAGCAGCAACAAACGGCAGCGUGGCGCAAACCAAACACAGUGCAGUUCACACACCCAGAGCUGCUGACAAACCUUAAGGGCCAUACGGGAGCCCUGACAAGUGGUGCAUUUUCCUCCACUGGCAAACACUUCAUUACGGCUGCUGAUGUUGUCAGCGGCUGCCACUUUGACCCGGGAGGCGGCGGCAGCAGGGAGGAGGUGGAGGGGCGGCAGGGGUGCUUCCCGCUGCCCCUGCUGGAGGACACCGCCAGCAGCAGCAGCAGCAGCAGCAGUGGCAGCCUAGACGAGAUAGACACGUCAUCAGUGAGCAGCAGCAGCCACCUGGCAGCCAGUGCCUCGCCCUCUGACGCGGAGGAGGCCGGCAGCACCAAGAUGUCACGGCGCCAGCGCAAGAACAAGAACAAGAGCAAGAAGGCGAAGAGUGGCAAGGCAGAGCAGCAGGGCAGCACCACAGCGGCCUCCACCAGUGCCCUGUUUGAGCGGCUGGCCAAGACAGAGCAGGAGGUGCAUGCACUGCUGCUGCCGCUGUGCUGCGGUGUGGAAGAGCGCGUGCUCAACGGCUAUCCCUUCCCCAGUGGCAGCGGCGUGCACGUGUUCCGCCCCUCAGGCUACACCACACUGGCCGCUGUGCUGGGGGGGGCAGGGGCUCAGGCCCUGCUGGCGGGGGAGACCCAGGCAGCCUCCCACCCCAGCCUGGUGGAGGAGGACGGCCACACCUCAGAUUACUCUGAGCCGGAGUCGCUGACAGAGCACAGCGGUGGCGACUGCUGCCCCGAUGACGGCGACGCACAGGAUGCUUCCUCCGGCAUCAGUUCCGACAGCAAGGAGGGCGAGGCAGACGGCCGGGACUGGUGCGGCUGCGGUGUGGAGUCAGCACUGCAUGGUGAAGGGCCUUGCGCCGUGCUGCAGCGCGUGGAGCGGUGCAAGCGGUGCCGCCAGACCUUCAGCCUGGGGGACAAUGGGUGUCGGCCAUGCCUGCACCACCCCCGCAAGGUGGCACUGCGCCAGGACAGCCAGCUGCGCUACCAGUGCUGCGGCAAGCUGAAGGGUGUGGCGGGCUGCACAGCUGCCCCCAUGCACGUGUACCACAGCCUGCGCUGCGGCCUCAAUGGGCCGCUGGAGGGUUACGCCACGCCACGCCCUGGCCCCACCCGGGUGCUGGGCCUGGAUUGUGAGAUGGUGUACACCUCGGAGGGCUUCGAGCUGGCCCGGGUGACGCUGGUGGCCGUGUCGGGCCUUGUAGUGCUGGAUGCCUACGUGCGACCCAAGGGGCGCAUCUUUGACUACAACACGCAGUUCUCCGGCAUCACGGAGGCGCACAUGGCAGCCGCUGUGACCUUUGCUGAGGCACGGGAGCGGGUGCUGGCCCUGGUGACUGCCAGCACCGUGCUGGUAGGCCACAGCCUGGAGGGGGACCUGGCAGCCCUCAGACUGGUGCACGACAGCGUGGUGGACACGGCACUGCUGUUCAAGGCACCACAGGGCCUGGCUAUGCCUGGCCUGCCCACCAAGCAGUCCCUCAAGAGCCUGGCCAAGAAGUACCUGGGCCGGGACAUCCAGGCACAGACAGCUGGUGGCCAUGACAGUGUGGAGGAUGCCACCGUAGUGCUGGACCUUGUUCUCAGCCAUUUCCUGGAAUCUCACAGAGUGCCCAAGGUUGCGCCACUACCACUGGCACUCAGGAACAUAUACUGCUCUAGGGAGGCGCCGCGCCUCGUAGCUCACUUGCUCAACGCUGCUGUGUGGUGCGGUGUGGGGCUCACUGUCUGGUGGGGUGGGUGGUGUCUGCCGCCCCGGGCAAAGGCCGGGCAGCAAGUAGGUACGAGAUGUAACCCAAUGGGUUGUGACCUCACUCUCCUGGUGUGUGACCGCACAGUGCAGAUCUGGACCACAAAGGACUUCAACCACAAGGAGCACAAGAGCAUCCGAGGGAACAUAGAAUUUGACUUCGCGACCAAGGUGUGCUGGAGCCCCGAUGGGAAGGCUGUCAUCAUUCAUAAGUCAGCCGGCAACACGAUAGAGGUGUACAAGCUCACCAAGAGGCCCGAUGGUUCCCCAGGCAGCCCCCAGGUGUCCAUGACCUUCCCCCAGCAUGACAGGGAGGCAGACGUAAUCGCAUUGGAUGUGGCCGUGACGGGGAAGUUUAUUAUGUCCUGCAACAACAAAAACCAGCUCAUCAUCUGGAGUCUGCGCGGCGAGGUGAUGGAGAUGGUGGACACCAGGCACGGCGACACCUACUCUGCCACCCUGUCCCCCUGUGGCCGCUUUGUAGCCACGACUGGCUUCACCCCAGAUGUCAAGGUGUGGGAGGUCAAGUUUGGCAAGACUGGCAACUUUGAGGGCAUCAAGCGCGCCUUUGACCUGACGGGGCACAAGGCAGGCAUCUACAGCUGCAGCAUCAACAGCGACUCCACCCGCAUGGUGUCUGUCUCCAAGGACGGCACCUGGAGACUCUUCGACACCAACAUUGAGUACCAGAAGGGGCAGCUGGUGUACCUCCUCAAAUCCGGACCAUACGAGAAGAAGCAACAGCCAGCCCUGAUCCGCCUCUCCCCUGACGGCCGCACUAUUGUCAUUGCCUCUGCUGCCUCUCUCACCUUCUUCUCUGCCACCACAGGGGAGGUACUCAACACCAUCGCUGAUAUUUAUGCAGGAAACAUUGUGGACUUGCUGUUCGACCCUGAGAGCAAGCUUCUCCUGACCCUGGGCGACAGACAUGUGAGGGUGUUCCACAAUGUUGCAGGAUACCACGCUACCAUCCAGGACCUGGAGCAGAGCCACCGGAAGGCCACGUCAGCAGCCAUGCGGGACAGAAUCAACCAGCAAGUAAGGGAAGCAAAGAAGGCACUGGAGAUGAUACAGAAAGUGACUCGUGUUAAGACAAAGUAACACCCUGCUUCCCCACCCCCCCACCACCCCAAGCCUCCGCCCCAGCCUGCACCUCAUCCACCACCCACUCCCCCCUUCACCCCAACACCCAAAACCAGCCUCUGCAGUUCCUGAUGAUGUACAAGAUUUUACACCAGUGCUAAUUUGCUAUCUAGGGACUCAAAUGGUGACUUGGCUUAGGGUUAAUUGGCUUGUUAUGUUGUUAUCUAGAUUUCUGUGGUUUUUCUCUAUUUAUUUAUUUUUUCUUUUUUUAAUUAAUUAAUUUAUUUAUUUUAUUUAUUUUUUUUUUUGGUGGGGGCUGACUAAACGAUGACUUAACAAGCGAAUCAACUACACGUGUCAUCCAGGUUUCCAGUGAUCCUCUUUUUGGUGUUUAUUUCUUGUUUUUUCUUUUCUUUUUUUAUAUUUUUUUUUCUUUUCUUUUUUAUUUACUUUUUAUAACUUAUUUUUUUUCUUUUUUUAAUAUAACUGGAUUUCUUUUGUUUUCUUUUACUCUUUUUAUAUAUAAUUUGCUAUUUUUUCUUUUCUUUAUAUAUCUAACUUUCUCUUAUUUUUUCUUGCUUUUUUUAUAAGUAGCUCAGUUUCAUUUAUUUAUUUUUACUUAUUCAAUCACCUUUUUUCAUUUUGUGUGCCUAAGCAGUGACUUAACAAGUAUAUUAAUUGGUGAGCAAUGCGAUCAUCCAGACUCGCUGUGAUUCUCUGUUUGUUUGGGGUUGUCUCGAGUGUUAUUUUCUUUUUUCUAUAACCAACUUUUCCUUUUUUUCUUCCUUUUUUUUAAGCUUACAAAGUAAGCUAGCUUACUUUGUUCAAUUUGAGUGUUUUUUUUUUGUGUUUUUUUAAGGGAAAUGGGUUUGUUUGGGAGUGUGUGUGUGUGGGGUUUGUUUUCUUUAUUUUUAAGCUAUAUUGUUUUCCUCUCUCUCUCUCUCUCUCUCUCUCUCUCUCUCUCUCUCUCUCUCUCUCUCUCUCUCUCUCUCUCUCUCUCUCUCUCUCUCUCUCUCUCUCUCUCUCUCUCUCUCUCUCUCUGUUUUUCAAGUAUCUUUUUUCUUGUCUCUCUUGACUUUUUAUUUAUUUAUUUGUUUAUUUUCUUGUUAAAUUUCUUUUGUUGGUUUUCUAGUUAGUUUCCUUUUUUUAAAUGUUUGUUGUUAAUUUUCUUUUUUUUUAUUUGUUGAUUACCCUUAAUUUUUGUUGACUUGAUUGUUUUCUUGAUUUCCUUGUUGAUUUUUCUUUCCUUCUUGAUUUUUUGUUGAUUUUUUCUUUUUUUCUUUGACAUUAUUUUUGUUUUCAUUUUUCUUUCCUAUCUUGAUUUAAAAAUUUUCUUCCCUUUUAUUUUUUUUCUUGAUUUUCUAUUUUCUUUCUCACAUUUCUUUCUUUCUUCCAGUGAUGCACAUUAGAGAUAACUCACAAUUUUUUUCUCCAUGUAAUCUUCCCUUAUUUCACUGUAUUCCUUUGUUUUCACCCUAAAAUAUACAUAUGGAAGCACCUGUAGCUUUAUUUUCUCAGUAUUUCAACUUCUCUCUUUGGAAACAGUUCAGAUUUGUUUCAUUUUUGACACAUUUUUCAUUAUUUUCUAUCUACCUUCCUUUUCAUCUUUUUUCUUCCUGCCAUACACAUAAUUGUGUGUGUGUGUGUGUGUGUGUGUGUGUGUGUGUGUGUGUGUGUGUGUGUGUGUGUGUGUGUGUGUGUGUGUGUGUAAGUUUUCUUCAUUUCCCCCUUGAUUCUCUGUUUAGAGCAAUUUUCCUCUCUUUUCUUUUUCUAAUUCCUUCCUUUCUUCCAUUCCUUCAGUUUAAGGAGGUUAAUUUUUCUUCCUUCCUUUUUUCUAUUUCUUCAUCUUUAAAGACUAAAUUUCUUCCACUCCUUCAUUUUUCAGGACAAAUUUUCUUCCCUUUCCUUUAUUUUUCUCCUUUUUUCCAUUCCUUAAUUUUUUGGGGUCGGUUUUUCUUACUUUCCCUAAUUUUUGGGAGGGCAACCUUUCUUCCUUUCCUUUCAAACUCUUUAAUUUCUUCCAUCCUUUUGUCUUUCAGGGCAAAUCUUCUUCCUUUUCCCUUCUAACUCCCUUCCUUCCUUCCUUGUGUGUGUGUAUAUGUGUAUGUGCAUGUGCAUGUGUGUGUGUGUGUGUGUGUGUGUCGAGUUAGCCAUGCACUGCCACACGACGACACCUCUCUCUUUAAUGGUAGUACAGGAAACUACCUUCAGGAACACAACACACCUACACACAACACACCAGCUUUGCCAGAUAGGGUUGCCAAGAUGAGGGAGUGAGAGGAGUGAGAUGAGAGAGCGAGAGUAGAAUAUAAGCCUACUAAGACGGGAAUUCUAAGAUCGUGAGACAAAAGGAGUGAAUAAUAUUUAACGAGUUUAGUAAAAUGAGCCCUAAUAUUGUGAGAUGAGGGAAUAACAGGGAGAUGAAGUUCUAAUGACUGUGAGAUUAAGUGAGAGGAGAAAAUGAGCUUAAUAUUACAGACAUUCUAAGAUCAUGAGACAAAUCAGAGUGAAGGAAGAAUAUUUAAUGAGCUUAGGAAAACGAGAUCCCGAAGAGCGUGAGCUGAGGGAGUAAAUAUGAGCUGGAUGAGAUGAGGCUCUUAAUAUUGUUAGAUGAAUGAGCUGGGUGACAAUGUGAGACAAGACUGAAGACUGAGACAAAUAAAAAAACAUAAACGAACAGACAGAUGGUGCAUUUUAGUCUGUCACUUGUAUGAAAAAAGACAUUCUUGUUGCUUAUAAAAAAAAAGAAAAAAAAAUACCCACUUGUUUUUAGUCACUCAUUUGUAAAGAAGGAAAAUAUAUUCAAAGAAAAGACUUGUAAAAUGAAGGCUUGUUGGGGUCACUUGUAAAAAAAAAAUAUAUAUAUAAAAGUAAAAAAAAAAAAAGGGGGGGAGUAGACCUGUAAAAUGUGGUUUUUGUUUGGGUGGCUUGUAUAAAAAAUAAAUAAAUAAAUAAAAAAAUAAUAAUAAAAAUAAAAGUGGACAUUUGCUUUAGUUGCUUGUAUGAAUGUAAGUGACAAAAGGACAGCCUUGUAAAUUUUGGACACUUGCUUUAGUCUGCUGCUUGUGGGAGUGAAAAAGUCAGGAAAAGAAAA